AUGGAUAGGAGACUUCAUUCAGCAGUUUGGGACAACAAAGUUGAUGAGGUGGAAGCUCUGUUGAAUGCAGGAGCGUCAGCUAAUGCGUGUGAUAGUAUUGGAUAUCCUGUACUUGUUACAGCUUGUGAUAAAGGCUACAUUUCCAUUGCACAAUUUCUCUUACAGAAAGGAGCAAAUGCUAACAAAGCAACUCCUCAUCAUAACGUCUUGCAUAAGAAACAAAUAGUGAAUGUGAAUGAAAAUGAAAAAAAAGGUGGGACUGCUUUAAUGUAUGCAGCAAUUCAUGGUUAUGAUUCACUAAUUGUUAUGUUAUUAUCAUCCAAUGCUGAUGGUAGUCUGAAGGAUAAGUUUGGAUGGACAGCAUUGCAUUAUGCUGCUUACAACAAUCAGUCCAAAGUUGUUCGUAUUCUGUUAGAGAAUGGAUGUGAUAUGAACAUGAAAACCAAUGAUGGAGAAACAGCACUGCAAUUAGCUGUCAGCCGGAAUCAGAAAGAUGCUGCAGAUGCAAUCAAGACAUUCACUACCACUACACCUACACAACAACCUCCAAGACAAGUGGCUGGAAUAGGAAAUGAGCAGUUAGUAGAGCAGCUGAUGCAACAAAUAGAACAACUGAGAAAUGAAGGUUCAGCAAAAGAUAGAGAAAUUGCUGAAAUGAGAAAACAAAAUGCAGACCUACAGACCGCAUUGAGAGGGGAGAGACUGCAGAGAGAAGAUGCAGUUAGUGAAGAGAGAAGAGAGAAAGGAGAACUCUUGCAAAGGUUACGACAAGAACAAGAAGACAAACGCAAUGUUCAGAAGGAUCUAGAUGAAGCUCGAACACAAAUCGAGCAACUAAGUGAAGAGAAAGCAAAUCUUCGGCAACUACUGAAUGAAAAGCAAAGAGAAAAGGCCACCAUUGAAGAGCUUCUCUCAGAUGCUGUUACAGCAAUUGAACGACACAAGCAAAGGCAGGAAGUUUUCAAUAUUCCUUCACAUGACAUUCAAUUGACUGGCACAGAACUUGGACGUGGAUCAUAUGGAGUUGUUUGUGUUGGAUAUUGGCGUGACUGUCCUGUUGCUGUCAAACUGUUGUAUGAUCAUUUGGCUGCUGUUCAACGCAACAGUCAACUUGUACAACAAGAAGCAUUCGUAGCAUGGAAGAUACAUCAUCCAAACAUUGCUACUGUUUGUGGUGUGACUCUGGAGUUGGAAGAGAAGAAGGCAUGGAUUAUCAUGGAAUUACAUAGCGGCUCCAUGUCUGGUGUGAUUGAUGCAUGUCAAGGAGAUGUUGCACCUCUCACUCUACGAGAAAAAGUUGACAUGACACAUGAUUCUUUGUGUGGACUGGAUUACAUUCACAACAUGCAACCUAAGAAGAUUCUUCACGGUGACAUCUGUCCAAUAAACAUCCUGGUUACAGCAACGAUGAGAGCCAAACUGGGUGAUCUAGGAGCUGCUCGUUUUGAAGAUGCUUCACUUUCAGUCGGUCUGCUCAGUCCACAAUACACACCUCCUGAGAGAUAUGAUGUUCCAACUUUACCAAAAAGCACCAGGACCGACGUGUACAGUAUGGGUGUGACCAUAUGUGAGCUCUUCACUGCUGUUCCUCCAGAUCGUGAACAAAGGAUGGAUCAAGUCUUACUCAUCCGUCAAAUAGAUGUCUGUGCUUUAUGUAAGCACUUGAUGAGAGAUGAUCCUGCCACACGACCAACAGCAACAGAAGCCCGUCGUAUUAUCAGUCGUAUUCGUGAUACAGACGAGUAUAAAGCAUGUCCUCCUAAACGAAUGGUAAAGGGCAAGAUGGAUGGAAUAGCUGAUGUCACUGUCGUUUAGUCCAUUUGGUGAAGUGUACAUUUGAUUGAAGCAUGUGUUUGUUACUUGACACCAUUUAUAUGUUGUUACAAGGUAUUCACUUAGCAAUAGCAAUAUCUUUAGCUUUGAAGGAUCACAUUGUAUUUUGUUAUCUCAUUGGUGAGACAUUAUAGAACUAGCGUGUUUUACUGUUUGAACUUUGACAUUGUUAUUCAGUAUUUGUAGGUUUGAUGUGUAUCACCUAGUCACGUGACAUUAUAGUAUGUUUUGAUUCUA